GCAAGCUUUUGGGUUGUAACCGAGUGUCAUUCUAAUUAAUCGAAUCUCCUUCAGUUUCUACCUCUAUCCCGCUUCCAGUAUGGCGUCUUCUGGAACAUUUCAGUCGCUUCAGCGGCAACAUCCCCUGCAGCGCCUGUCCAGCCCGUCCAGAGGUUUCUCGGCCUUGGUUCAUUCUCUAGGUCUAGCCAGCUUCUUCUUCUCGUUUAAGUACAUGCAUGAGAACCCCAAUAUGGCUAAUGAAGCAUAUGGUUGGCAUUUCCAGUACCUGACGGUCAUUGGGCUGACGCUGGCCACGCUCACCUUUACCGCCGGUCUGCUGGCGGAUAUGACGUUAUCGGCUCGGCUAUUUUUAGUCAAAAACCUUCUUUCUGUAUGCAGCGCUCCAAUGGAAGUGUUAAUCAGCAUCCUAUAUUGGGGGAUCCGUCUGAUUGAUAAGCGUUUGGUUGUUCCUGAUUGGGUGGUACUUCCUAUGCAUGCCGAUGUCGGCUUCCAUGCUAUACCGUCUAUCGUUCUACUGAUUGACCUUCUUCUCCUUUCACCUCCUUGGACUAUUACUGUUCUUCCUGCACUGGCUCUGUCCAGCACCAUCGCUUUUGGAUACUGGUUUUGGAUCGAACGAUGCUUCCAAUUCAAUGGAUGGUAUCCUUACCCCAUUUUUGAGGCUGUAGGAUUCGAGGGUCGCAUCGGACUCUUCGCCCUGAGCGCCGUUACAAUGGCGCUGAGCACGGGAACUCUCAAAUGGCUCUAUGGCCGCGUGAACGGAUACGGAACGAGCGCCAAAGCCCAGUCUCGCCCUGGAGCUAUCAAAAGCAACGGCAAUAUUUAAUCAUACAUUCGGAUCUACAGGGUAUAACGGUGGGCCUAAUCGAUCUUGGCGAGAUAUAAUCAACACUACAGUAUAGACGAGACGAUAUACACUACCAGCAUAUAACACUUCAGCCAAUUAAUUCGAUAUACACGAGAUGUUCUUAUUCCGGAAAUAUACUGUGCAACAUUACGCAUCUUUUUCAACCAUUUGGCUCGAUACCCCGCAAAGCGUCCUGAACCCCCGCACUCUUUAGCCGAGCUCAUUCAACACCAAGAGCAAAUUACAUAACAGAAAUAGUGUCUGCC